UACACAUAGAAGUAUUGGAUUUGGAUGGAUACGGAGAAAACGAGUCCACUUCCCGUUUCUCAUUCUUCACUACCUCAGGAGCUCACUCCUCUUGCCAUUUUUGGGGGAAAUUGAUUCAUUUCACAAACUUGUUUGAUUCCAUUCCCAAACAAGAAUUGCACAAAAAUUUAACCCUACUCAAACCUCUGUUUGAUUUAGUGGCAAUUACAACCGAUAUUCAUGGCUUCUACAUUGAGAGUUGGAUUACAGAAAGGUAUUCAGUAUAAAGAAAUAGUUAAUGGAAGCUUGUUUACUUUGACAAGAUUCAUCCAUGGUUUUGCGCUUCCACCAUCAAUGGACUCCACACUAUCUCCCCCUUUGACUCUACCUCAUCAGUCUGAUUCCGAUUAUUCAUGCCAAUAUCCGGGUUUUGCUCCUGGCGGCGGAUCCAUGGAUCUAACGGCUGUUCCCAAAAAGAAGGUUUCAAAACACAAAAGAGGCAUUAGAAAUGGACCGAAGGCUUUGAAGCCUACUCCUGUUAUAAUCCGAUGCAAGAGUUGCGGCCGUGUGAAAUUGCCACAUUUCUAUUGUUGCGGAGGUCGCAGGGAAGAUCUCGGAGAUGCAGCUAAUUGAUUCAGUUCUUUGCUUCAACAGCAUAAGUUUUCUUCAUAACCGCAUCGCCAUUUAAAAUCAAACUCAGAAGUUGCUAGAGUUGAAUGUGCCAUUAGCAUAUGCUUAGAAUAAUAAUGCUUCUAUUUGGGUAUUUGGUUUGUUUGACACGACUAUGAAAUCAUUACAAGAGUUAAUCGCAAACAACCUAUUUGUUUUUAUAUGGGUAAGUUGCAAUUUGCAUACAUCAGAUCUUUGAACCUUGUCUAGGUGAGAGUCACUUGACAUUGGAUAACUAUAUGAUGAUGAUGAAAUAUCGAUAAUUGAUACAAUUCUUGGAA